CAUCUCCUUAAGGCAUCUUACACAUCCAACCACAGAGGCAGGAAACAGGAAAUGUACAUGUUCUGUACAGCUAAGGGAGAAUGAAACAAACUUCAUACCUGAUCACAGGGACGUCAACAUGCAGAAACACAACUUUAUGUUGCCUUUAUUUCUGUUGCUCAGCGAAAGACCUGCUUGCUGUGGCUCUACAACAGCACCGGCAGAUGAAGAAUAUUCAGGGCAUGGCUUGACAUCACCUGUUACCACAGAAGUACCUGUACUAAAUACACUGGGAUCACCUACAUCUGUUAUGAUUUUGACAACUAGUGACCAGGGUGUGCAAACUGCCGCUACAUCUACAGAAGCAGAGAAUUCGGAAAUGGAAACCACUGCCUCUGCAGAAAUGGAAGACCUACAUCCUGCUUUGAUAUACGGAGUCCCGGCUGCUCUGCUUCUAGCCCUGAUUGUUUUGCUGGUUGUUUUCAUUGUCAGACGUUGGAAACAGAAACCACCCAAGCAAGAGGAACUACCAAGUGAAAGCUGUAAAAGUCCUAUUUUUGAAGAAGACACACCCUCUGUAAUGGAAAUAGAGAUGGAAGAGCUUGAUAAAUGGAUGAGCAGCUUAAAACGAAAUACUGAAUGUGAAUAUUUGCCUGCCGUGAAAGAAGAAAAAGACUGCAAUGCCAGCCCAAGUGACUGCGAAUCUUGAAAUCAAGAAGGCAUUGUAUGGAUUGAAGGAAGAAACAGCAAACUUUAUAAUUCCUGAGAUCUGGGGUGAUCUGAAUUUGAGUUUCCUUCACCUGAAACAGUCAAGGAUGCUAAUGCAUUUGUCCUUCCCUGCUGCUUCUGUUCCUCAUCAUGAUGACAUCAGUUCUGCAAAGCAAAGGUCCUGGGGAAAAAAUUCUGCUGUGGAAUUCAGAAGGAAUAGGAAGAGUACAAUCCUCUUUCAGACAUUUCCCGGAGCAAUUCAUUCCCGCCCCCCUUGAUCAAUCACGUUAUGGUAUUAUUUUGUAAGGUUGCCCAUUACACUAAUGUUUUUUUAUGUACAAAGGACACUGUGUCCUUGGUUCUGAAUUUCUUUGCUCCUGUGUGUUUAAAUCACAGUUCUGAAAUACAAUCCGAGGAACUGGCAUUUAAUUUUCUUUCUGGUAAUGAUGGUGAUACCUCACACAGAUUUGAACAGAUGAGGGCAACAGAAACGGGCAAUCAUUCUAUAAAUGAAUGUAGCAUGGACAUCAUUUCAAACAACCAGGAGCUGUCGGAGGAUUUGGGACAAGGAAAUACUGCAAGAUUUGAAAAGCUUGUAUUGUGUCGAUAUGGAUGAUGUCAUUAUAUAGUUGAGUCACUAGAUGGUGCUGAACUGGUAUCUGAAGCGAGCCAGGUAUUUCCUGUUGCUGUUCUUUUUAAAGAGAUAUAAUAAAGUUCUUUUCUAACUUCCUAGUAUGCCCUCUAAGUCUUCCAUGACAGUGUUCUACUUUUGGUUUCAUGGAGUCCAAACUUCUCUUGUAAAUCUUAGGAGCAGGUUUAUCCACCUUGUAAUUACCUCCAAUGGUGCUUGCCAGUCCUUCGGAGAAAGAUAGUCUCUUGUCUUUACUUUCUUGAAAGCUGUUUUAAAUUGUUUUUAUUGUUGUUUUUAAGGCUGUAACCUAGCCUGGGACCUUAAAUAAAUAAUGCUUCAAUGGUGGGAUAUUUCCUCCAAAUGCUACUUGCUUAGAAGAAAUGUAGAGGGUUGAACAUAACUUUGGACAUGCCAGAGCACAGGGCGGAAAGGUGGUGCCAAGAUACCUGGGGUGAAUCAUUUUUACCUUUCCAAAUGCCUUCUGCUCCUCCCUAGCUGACAGGAGUGCUAACUGGGCCCUACGACUGUGGGUGCCAUGCAGCGUGCAUGGCCCUGGCACUGAAAUGUGUGGCCGCCCGGCCCCUUCAUGGGGAGUUGGCACCUAUACUAGCUGACAUAGCAUUCCUUUACCUUGAGUUUGGAAAAAGGACCCCUUGCCUUCCUCAUACUGGGUCCUCAUUGCGAUUCUGUAGUAGCUGAGGAAGGUUCCUUUUACAACAGAGAACAUCAGGUGACUACCUGCGCAUCUCUGUCUGGGUGGCAAGAAAAGAGAACGACCCGAUUUUGAAAAGCUUCCUUAGCUUGGAAUCUAUUGCCAGGUGACAACACACUAAGAGUUCCUUGAUUAUUUG